CAGAAGCUCGCAGUUCCCCGUCUUCGAGCGCGGCAAGGGCUGGAAGAAGGGCUGCUGGCGGAUGGUCAUGGCGCGCCUAUCUACCUCGGGGGAGAUGCUGGUGAUGGUUCAAACCGCCGCAGUGGCGGACGAAGAGAAGGAGCCCUUGAUCAAGGAGAUCGUGUCUGCCCUGACCAAGGAAGAUCAGAUCAAAGUGGUCUCGAUCUACCUUCAGUUCAAUGACGAGGUCUCCGAUGCAGCGCGGCCCAACGCUCCGCUGGAGCUGAUCCACGGCCAGAAGCAGCUCAGGAUGCGGCUGCUGGGCCUGGACUUCGACAUCGGGCCCUUGUCUUUUUACCAGGCCAACAGCCGCACCUGCGAGCUCCUUUAUGGGCGUGCCUUGGAGUGGCUGAGGCCGGAGAACGAGAUCGCCAUGCUGGACGUGUGCUGCGGCGUAGGGACCAUUGGGCUCUGCGCCAGCCGGCGCUGCAAGAAAGUGGUGGGCAUCGAGCUGGUGCCGGAGGCCGUCGAGUCCGCAAAGGCCAACGCCGCCUUGAACAAGGUCGACAAUACCGAAUGGGUCGUGGGAAGAGCGGAGGAGGUGCUUCCGAAGCUUUUGCAGGAGUUGGAUCCGGAGCUGGAGGUGUGCGCAGUGGUGGACCCUCCCCGCGCCGGGCUCCACACCACGGUGCUGCGGGCGCUGAGGAGCUGUUCGCAGCUGUCACGCAUGGUCUACGUGAGCUGCAACCCUGACUCCUUGGUGGAGGACAUCAUCAAGCUCACUUUGCCCUCUGAGAGCGAUGAGGAUCCCUUCGUGCCCUUGCGCGCCGUGGCGGUCGACAUGUUCCCCCACACGCUGCACUGCGAGAUGAUUCUUCUCUUGGAACGGUCUUCGAAGGUGACAGACCCGCGUCCGAAGGCCAAGGCGAAGGCCAACAGCGAAGCCGCUGCCACACCCGAGGGAGACACAGGCGGCAGUGGAGGCGGCAGCUGAGCGCCAGCCCCGA